AUGGACUCUUCACGCUUUCCUCCCGGGGAAUCCUUCCUCUCUUCCCCUCCUAAGCCAGCAGCGACAACCCGACCCAUCAUACCCGCCAAUCUCAACAUCUCAUCCUUCUUAUCCUUUGGCAAGCAACCGGCCAAGACGUGCUCUCCGGUAAAACGCAAACCUUUACCACCAAGUUCUCCUGCUCUGGCGCCAAAGAGAAACGGCGCAGCUGCCAACAACCAGAAAUUGAGCCCCUCCUCCCUGGUGGCAGGCUCGGAAGCGUCCUCUCCCUUGUUGGUGAGAGACCUUGAUCAGUAUCCACGAGGCCAAUCCCCUUUCCUUCCCUCAGGUCCCAUAGUCCGGAAACCGGUUAAUGCUGGAAAAGAUAACCAAUCACCAGCAAAUGCCUCCGGCUUACAAGGCCGGCCUCUUCGACAUUCGAGAAUCCCAAGUGAGCCCAUUAUACAAAAGCAGAGCAUUGACGAGCAGGAAGACACAAUGACGCGGUCGAGGACAAUUGCUCUGCAACCAAAUUCGCGCCCUCCGCCUCUCAAAAUCAACGUACAUGAUCGUUCUUUGUCCAUCAACCUGGUAGAGCCGAAGCAGCCAACAACGCCAGUCAACAAGAUCACACAAAUCUUCAAUUGGAAAAGAACGGCUUCUCCUGGCGAUGAUUCGGACAGUACAGAUGUUUCUGACAACAGCCUGUCUCCUUUCCCUUCACCCAUGGCAGUCUCGCCACAAACCUCUCGCUAUUCGGCUCGGUCUAUUCCUCAUGUCAUCGAUACACAAAAAGCGAACAUUGGUGUCUUCCAGGAUGGAGAACUUGAAAGUCCAUGGGUACAUUCUUCGGCGGGUGAGCAUGAUCUUUCGACCAAGGUUGGUCAGCUAGAGGGUGAGCUACGAGAGAUUAGUUGUGAACUGGCUGGCUCCAUCAAGCGAGAGAUGGAGCUUGAGGAUCUAGUAGAAAAAUUACAAACAGAAGCGCCGGGAAGCAAUGACGAAACACGCACGAGCGACUACUACUCCGACUACAGCGCAAGUUCCAUGCGAUUCACUAUUGUAGAGAAUGUAUUGAAAAUCGAAGACUUCGAAAAGAUCAAGAGACAAUCAGAACAAGAGAAGGCUCAAAUGAAGGUCGAUCUUUCUCAGCGGUGGCAGGAUGAGAUAGUUAGAAGAAAGGCAUUAGAGUCACAUGUCCAGCUGCUUGAAGGCCAGGUUUCGCGAUUGAACCGUGAACAUAUCGAUGCUUCAUCGACCCUUUCCUCCAAAACCAAGGAAUUAGAAGCCUCGCUUGAGGAUGCUCGUCGGCGCUUUGCAGAGGAGCGACGGAUCAAGGAGAAGUUUGAGGAUUCCUUGACUGCUCUUCGCAACGAUCUCGAACGGCAUCGGCAGGAACGGGACAAACUACGAGACGAGGUGGUUCCAGAACUGCAGGCCAAGCUCCUUUCCAAGAACAUUGGGCCUCCAUCGCCGUCCUUCGACCAUGCACGAAUGCAACAGGAGAUCCAGGCACUGAAAAGCGAGAAUGCAGCUCUCAAGGAAGCUCGAAAAGCACAGCAUGAAAGUCAGCAUGGUCAACCUCGUUUCGACACUAUAUCUGAAGAAAGCGAGCCUUCUUCGUCCUCCAUUGCACGAAGCUCUGUUGGCCUCAGCGGGUCGAACUCACUGGCUCGUGCUGCUCCGCCCCGUGCAAGUGGCCUUGUAAGAACAACAUCGUUAUCGAGAUCGAGAUCGAACUCCAUCGGCGGCAAGAGUCCGACAGAGCCGCGCGAAAUCCUCGUCGACCGGAUGAAAGACGUGGAAUUCCAGCGAGACGCACUUCACUCUGCAAUGAAAGCAUUGCUAGCGCGACAAGAAUGCCAGAAUAAGGAAUUCCAGAAGCAGAUUCGGGCGCUUGAACAGGAACGAGAUAGAGCUAUGUUACCACCCACUCCACGGAAACAGGGCUAUGAGAAGGAGGUUCGAAGUCUGCGACAAGAAAUCAACAAUCUUCGACAACGAGCGAAUGAAGCCAUGACGCAGAAGCUGCAGUGUGAGAAAGGUCUAGGAGGAUUGAAGAUGGAUCUCGACCGGUCCGAACAGGAGACAAGCACGCUUCGAAGAUUGCUGAAAGAGCACGAUAUCGCCCUGCCUGAAGAUCUAUCCGGCUCAUUACAGCAUGCCUACGACGCACUACAACAAGACCGCGUCAAUGCCGAAGCUCGUAUUGAGGACGAUUCUUUUUCACGCUCAUUGGAGGAAGAACAACGACUUGCAGCACAGCUUAGGCAGAGUGCUGAAAGAUCGGAAGGUCUUGCUCUGCAAAUGUCAGCACAACUGGCGACAAACCAGGCGCUGCGCAACCGACUUGCGCAGGCAGUGGGACGUGGAGAGAGGGACCAGGCUGCCAAUACGGGGAAGAUCACCGAACUUGAAACCAAACUUCGUAGCUUGGAGGAUACCGUCACAACAGCACAGCAACAAUCGGAGACAGAAGUCAUGAAACAUGAAGAGGAAAUGCGGAUCCUGAAAGAGGCGCAUAAUGCGCAACUUCAACGAUUGAAAGCCUCUGGACUUCGUAGCCCAACGUCACCUGGGUUGUCGAACAAUAAACGAGGGCUUACACCUCUUAUCUCUCCCAUGUUCGCCCAGCGCAGCCCGAAGCUUGACAAGACGACUUCGGGACCAGGAGUGCGUCUCGAUCAAGCACUGAGGACUGAGCAUCUGGAGAAAAAGGUUAGCGAGUUGGAAGCUGCGCUGGAGAAUGCAGACAAUGAGAUGCAACAAGUUGUAUCACGAAUGAAUACUGCGCAGAUCGAGGUCAUGGAGUUACAGACCGAGAGGGACGAAGCUUUGAGGCAGACCAGAAAGCUUCAGGCGGCGAUCAUGGCGGAACGUGAGAAAUUGCAGUCGCUUAUGAAUGACUCGCAACAGUUUUGA